AUGAACGCAAAUGGUAAAGAUCUGCUUCGAUUUCCCGAUUGGUCUUCAUCGACGGUGGUGGUGAGUCGGAGGCGAUAUGCUACUGUGGCGAUUCAGUCGGUGGCGGGUCAGCCUCAAUUUCAUAACAUUUUAAGGGAUUGCUGUUGGUGUUCAUCGACGGUCGUGGUGGGUCGGAGUGAGUUUGUGUUCGACCCAAUUAAAUGGCAGCGGAAGCAAAUGAACGAGGACUUCCUUGACCUAUCAAAGAUGUUCAAUGCAGUUAAAUCGCUUGUUCGAGUGCCUUCUGUAGACCCCAAAUAUAAAAUUGCUCUUCUUGCUUCUAAGCAGGACCAUUGUCUUGUUGAUCUACUGCAUGCUUGGCAAGAUGGAAAACUUCCGGUUCAGAUAAGCUCUGUAAUCAGCAAUCAUGAUAGGGUGGGGAAUACCCAUGUGAUGCGGUUCCUUGAAAGACAUGAGAUUCCAUAUCAUUAUCUGUCCAAGUCAAAGGAGAAGAAUGUAGAAGAUGAGAUAUUGGGGUUGGUUGAAGAUACAGAUUUCUUGGUCCUUGCUAGAUACAUGCAGGUGUUGUCUGGAAACUUUUUGAAAAGAUAUGGGAAGGAUGUGAUCAACAUACAUCAUGGCUUAUUGCCAUCAUUCAAGGGAGGAAAUCCAUCUAGGCAGGCAGCUGGGGUCAAUUUGAUUGGUGCUACAACCCAUUUUGUCACGGAAGAGCUUGAUGGGGGCCCAAUCAUUGAGCAGAUGGUUGAGAGAGUCUCGCACAAGGAUAAUUUGCUGAGUUUUAUUCAGAAAUCUGAGAAUCUUGAAAAACAAUGCCUUAUGAAGGCAAUCAAGUCAUAUUGUGAGUUACGCGUUCUACCUUAUCAACACAACAGGACUGUUGAUGAUGAUGAUGAUGAUGAUGAUGAUGAUGAUGACGUUUCUCACAAGAAGGAUAUUUAUCUCCAAUUUGGUGUAGUAUUAAGUGAUGUAUCUGCUUUUUUUGUUGAUGGUAACUAUCAUUGGAGUCAACGUUCGUUGAUAGGAGGAUUUGGCGGUUCUUCGCAGUCUAGUAUCGUUAGUUUCUUGCCUAUUAUUGAUAAGUGUGGUGUGACUUGUAAGCUUCAACAGGGUGUGGGAAAUAGGGAAGCUAUUUGGCAGAGGAGAUAUUUCUUAAUCAGAAAGGGCCAACUUCAGGAAGAUCACCUUAUCAACCAAGUCUUUUCAAGAUUUUGUGAAAUUAGGCAUAACCACAGACAAGAUCAGAAACCUACUGAUUUUGAGCUUGAAAUGAUGAAAGAAAGAUUUUCAAAUCUUUUUGUGGGGGAGGAUAUUUUCGAUAGUAGGGACAAAAUUUACUACAUUUAUAUAAGAAGCUUAUGGCUUGAUCAUAUCAGAAAAAGAGGAAGCAGAUGA